UACCAAGUAUCCAGAAUUGGUGUGUACAUGAGUGCAAUGUUUUUUUAAACAGUAAACAAUGAAUGAGCAGGUGUGAGGAUACUUUUAUCCAUAUAGUGUAUUAGGGCUAAACAGCACCGUCACUGCAAUGUGGGCAUUCACUAUAGCCAUGCAUGUUGUACAUUAAUUUGCUUGGUACAAAAAGAAUAUAUUAAAUAUUAAAUAAAUAACAUACACAGAUCAUAUUUUCCCAACAUAAUCUUUUAAUAUUUUCACUUGUAUGCAUGCCCCCAAAUGUCAGUUAUACUAAAAUUGUCCAUCCUGUUGCACAGCUGUCAACAGGACCGUUUUAGUGAAAACUGGCAUUUGAUAAAAAUGUGGUUGAUGUAAAUUUGCAGACAUUUUGAUGACCUUGUUCUGUUUUAAAGAUACAUUUUUAUUUUCGACAGUUAUUUUAAUAACCAUAAUAUUUUACCACAACAGGGCGGACAGCUUAAACUUUACCUCAGCUUAGUAUUGAGACAACACGAGAAGUAUUCUGUGAAAUAAAAGGAUUAAUUUCUGAACAGCUAAAAUAAUGAAUAUCAGAUGUGCCUAUGAAACAUUAUGAAAACAUGCUUAAAAACCCAAAUCAAAGAAAACUAUAAAAUGUACAAAAGAAAACAUUCUAUAUCCUGUAUAAUUCUAAUUGCAUGUUCAUUAAGUAUAAACAAAAAUAUUUAUUGUUACUAUAUUGUUAUAGUGUUUGUAUUGUCACCGUCUAGUGAAAAAAAAAAAGUAUUUCCAUUUUUGUCGUUUUUUAGUUUACUACUGUAGGAAAAGGUCCGUCUACUGAAGCUGAACUGCUUGAAUGUUUGCACCAGGAGUGGCAUAAAGUUAUCCAAAAGCAGCGUGUAAGACUGGUGGAGAACAGGCCAAGAUGCAUAAAAACUGUGAUUUAAAAACAGGGUUUUUCCACCAAAUAUUGAUUUCUGAAUUCUAAAAAAACUUUAUGAAUAUGAACUUGUUUUCUUUGCAUUAUUUGAGGUCUGAAAGCUUUGCAUUUUUUUGUUAUUUCAGCCAUUUCUCAUUUUCUGCAAAUAAAUGCUCUAAAUUACAAUAUUUUUAUUUGGAAUUUGGGAGAAAUGUUGUCUGUAGUUUAUACACUAAAACAACAAUGUUUAUUUUACUCAAACAUAUACCUAUAAAUAGCAAAAUCAGAGAAACUGAUUCAGAAACUAAAGUGGUCUCUUAUUUUUGUUUCAGAGCUGUACUGUAGAAAAAGGGUGAUUAUAUACUGUAGGAAGCUGUGUUCAGGUGAGCUGUAUCUGGGUGAUGGUAAUGCAACGGUUAAAGCGGAGUGUUUGAAAGGAGUCGCUCUCUGUAACCACGGGCAACGGGGCGAGUUAGUUUAGUCUACCUGCGAAGUAAAACCUUCAGAAACUCAUGAGCGAGUGAGGGAUUAUUUACAGAGGAUUUUAGACGCUGUAAUAAUAAUUCUGCUUUAUUAGGAUCAUGGUGUGGUUGUAUAUUAUGAACUAAUAUUGCGUCGGCUCCGUGUGGGAAAGCUAUUAGCUGGCUAGGUUAACUAAGAAUCGAGCACUUUCUCAGUAUGUCUGGUAUCGAGCACGCCUCCAGUCAGAGCAUCAAGCCGUUCAGGUCGAGUGAAGAGUAUCUGUACGCGAUGAAGGAGGACCUGGCCGAGUGGCUGAAGGACCUGUACCGCCUGGACCUGACCGUCAACAACCUGCUGGAGCUGAUGGAGACCGGCGUGCUGCUCUGCGACCACGCCAACAACGUGACCCGGGUGGCCGAGGACUUCGGACACAAACACGGACACACACACCUGCAGCUGCCCACAUCUGGAGUUACUUUCGUCAGGUCAGCCCAGCCCGCCACCUUCCUAGCCCGGGACAACGUGUCUAAUUUCAUCAACUGGUGUCGAAAUCAGAUGUACAUUAAAGAUGUUUUAAUGUUCGAGACAGACGACCUUGUCCUACGAAAGAAUGAGAAGAAUUUUGUGCUGUGCCUUCUCGAGGUGGCCCGGCGGGCCUCUCGCUUCGGCAUGGCUGCUCCUGUCCUCAUCCAGCUUGAGCAGGAGAUUGAGGAGGAGAUCCGUGAAGAGAUGGAGAUGACUGCACAAGAUACACCACAACCUGUGGUCCAGAGAUGCUUACAGAGUACUCAGAAUCUGGAUGAGAUGGUUCAGCAUCUGAUAAGUCGUUGCACUUGUCCCACCCAGUUCCCCAUGGUGAAGAUAUCGGAGGGAAAAUAUAGAGUUGGAGACUCCAGUACUCUCAUAUUUGUGCGAAUCUUAAGGAAUCAUGUAAUGGUGAGAGUGGGCGGAGGAUGGGACACCCUGCAGCACUAUCUAGACAAGCAUGACCCCUGCCGCUGCACAUCUCUCACUCAUAAAUUGGCGCAGCGCCCAGUCACACCAGUCCAUGAGAUCAAAGCCAUGCCAUGCGGACCAGAGAGCCAGACUGGAUCUCAGACCACUCUGCUGCUAACCCGAGUCCAAUCCCCCCUGGAGCCAGUGCUCUGGACCCCUUCAGCAUCGACCAGAACUCAAAGAGCGAGUCCUCAACCCAGGCUUUCCAAAUCCCCAGAUCCAAGUUCCCGGAAUUGUCCCUCUCCUAAUAAACUGAAGGAGAAAGCAGUCAUCCUGCCUUGCAGACAGACACACUCAGAGAGUAAGGUGUUGAAGUCCACCAGCAGGAAAGGCAGAGAAUCUACUCGGGUAUCUCCCUCUCCACGUCUAACUAGCAGUCUUCCUAGACCAGCUCGCCCCUCCACCCCACCACAGCCUGAAAAACAGCGUCCCAGUACACCCCUGGUGCUCCAAAAGGUCCAGAACCAGAGCUCUCACCAGCAAGGCCCAGACAACAAGUUGAAUCAAAACUGGACAAAGUCACAGUUUGCCUUUAAACUAAGACAAACUGCCACAGCUGGGUCAAAAAGCAACCAUGAGAUGCAGUGUGUUCCAGAGAGGCUAGUUGGCUCAGUAUCAGCUAGGCCUAUCCAGUGCAUUACCCCAGUUUUACAGCAUAAUACCAACAAAAACAGUGUGAUAACUCAUCAGCCCCCCACCAUUAGCAUUCAAGAAGCGGAUGACAAUGGGAAUGCAAGGAGGAGUCCUGACUUCAUUCGCACAUUUUGCCCAUCUAAAGGGUCAAUGGGUGUUGUGUCAGGAAAAACACACACUAGAUCCCUUACACCAACAGGGAAAGGGCAUCUGGCUGGUUACUCAGACCAUUCAGCAAGAAUUACACCUUCUCCAGUUGGACAGGACAAGAAGCAAUACUUGAACCUUCCAGCACAGUCUGUACAAAUCUCGAGCAAGUCAAACUCCAAAGACACUGAUAUUCAUCCUUCUGGAAGAGUCUCUAAUAUGGAUGCGUGCAGUGGAGAGAAGGAGAUUGACAAUAGAUACCUCUUCACUCCUCCUCCAAUCACUCCCUCUCAAGAAGCUGUACUGUACCAGAGCCUUGAGGAAGAGAUACUAUCUAAUCUGCAGCAGCUCAGCAUGGACUCUGACACCAGUGACUCUGAUAAUGACCAGUACAAUACUCGCCUUGCAACUCCUCUGACCACACAAGAGAUCUCACAUGAGAUCCAGAAUCCUUCUAUCCCCCCAUCCGCUUCUGCUUCUACACCAAAUGAUGCCAAGGAGACUAGGUUUGAGGCUGUCAUUGGUGAGCUCUCGAAUGGAAAGAAGUCACUUGAGAAGGUGUCUCUUGAGAGCUGGGUGUACAAUAAUUCUAGAGGUUUCAGAGGCAAAAAGGACAUAAAUCAUACAGACACUCACUCAAGCCACUUGGACAUUUCUAAACAUUCUGUUGCCAGUUCCUGGUCAUCCCUUGGUUCUAGUAUGGAGUCAAAAGAUUCUGUCGAACCUUCCAAGGUGCCAGAAGCCAACGCAACUGUGGAGACAGAUUUGGCAUCAAGCAAUUCAUCAAACUCUGGGACUUUCAAACAGGAAAAGUCUCGAAACUCUUCUUUCCGUCAAAAAAGGUCAUUAAAAAAGCCAGAAAGAGUGCCGUCCAUAUAUAAGAUGAAACUGAAGCUUUGUAUACACCCCAGACGAGACCACAGACCUGACAAAAGACCUUCAAAGAUCCCUAAACCAGUGUCCUACAGGGGAAAUCAAUACCCGGGAGAAGCCACUCAGUCAAAGGUGCCAAAAGACAGGCUCAAUUCUCCUCGUAGAGCUUCCACCCAGAGACACCACAGGAAAAAAUUCCAAACUCCAUCUAAAUCCAGCCCCACAGCCUCGACAUGUGACAUAAAGUGCCAAGGGACUGAUCAGCAGCCUGUGAUUGAUCAGGAACUUGAAACCUGGGUUUAAAAGUUAAUAGAUUAACUUACAUAUCAUAGUUUGUGCCAUUUUUGUAUCUCAGAAAUUAGCAAUUAGCAGAUAACUCUACAUAUAACUACUACAUAUGCAAGUUUACAAGUUUUCUAUUAUGACAAAGGUACACUGUGACAGAAUUUAAUAGCGCUUAAUUCUUUUUAUACCCAUAGUGUAGUCAAUAGAAAGGGAAGCUCUAUUUUUGUGUAUGUUUUUAUAGCAUUUUUUGCAACACUAUUAUGUGCUAUAUUUAACAUGUAAAUUUGAUACUUUUCCAAAAUAACAAAUUAAAAUCUGCCAAUUUGGAACAGCUGUAUAUGAGCCUAAGGUAAACAUGGCUGGUAACUAUUUGCAUGGAAAAUGUUCCAACAUCUAUCAGGAGGUCCAGUUGGUAGAAAGCUGUGUCAUUAGUUAGCAAUUUUAGGCAGUAUACAUCUCUGGAAAAAAAUAAGAAACCGCUUUAGUUUCUGAUUUAGUUUCUCUGAUUUUGCUCUUUAUAGGUAAAUGUUUGUGUAAAAUAUACAUUGUUGUUUUAUUCUAUAAACUACGGACAACAUUUCUCACAAAUUCCAAAUAAAAAUAGUAAUUUACAGCAUUUAUUUGCAGAAAAUAAGAAAUGGCUGAAAUAACAAGAAAGAUGCAGACCUUUCAGACCUCAAAUGAUGCAAAGAAAACAAGCUUAUAUUCAUAAAGUUUUAGGAGCUCAGAAAUCAAUAUUUGGUGGAAUAACGCUGUUUUUUUAAUUACAGUUUUCAUACCUCUUGGCAUAUUUUCACACUGCUUUUGGAUAACCUUAUGCCAAAUAAAUUUAAGAGGUAUUAUAUUCCUGAGGUUUUCAUUUUGGUAAAAUCAAAGAAACACAUCAUUUUUAAGUGGUCUCUUAUUUUUUCAGAGCUGUAUUUGCACUAUUGAGAAAGGCUGUUUAGCCAGUUUACGCAUUAGCAUAUACAGUAAAUGUACCUUUAUUACGGGAUUGUUCUGUUCUAUGAAAUAAAUGAUACUGAAUAUAAGUUUUUAUUUCUUAUACUGGGACAAGCACUACCUUACGUUCAGAACAAAGAAAAGGCACAUUUUAUGGAGGACAAUGAACGUAAUAAAGUUUUAUGGCUCUGAAAAA